CAUUUCAGAAACUGUGUGACACGAGAAAAGUGUUAUCUCUUUCAGAUUUUUGUUUCUGGCUGUAACUCACCUAGCAGUAUGCAGCUGAAACACAUGCAAACACUCUUGGCGCCCCAGGAUGGGGCGGCAAAAAUCACAGCAAUGGCGUGGUCAGCCAACAACACCAAAUUAGCUGUGUGUACAUCUGAUAGGGUUGUGCUACUGUACGAUGACCAAGGGGAGAAGAGAGACAAAUUCUCCACAAAACCUGCAGAUUCCAAAUAUGGGAAAAAAAGCUACACUGUCAAAGGUUUGGCGUUUUCUCCAGAUUCGACAAAGAUUGCUGUUGGCCAGACAGAUAACAUCAUUUAUGUGUACAAGAUAGGAGAGGAAUGGGGAGAAAAGAAAGUAAUCUGCAACAAAUUUGUACAACAAAGUGCCGUCACAUGUCUCAUCUGGCCUCCAGAACAACCCAUUAUAUUUGGACUCUCUGAUGGCAAGGUCAGAGCAGCUAAUAUUAAGACAAACAAAACUUCAACAGUUUACACUACAGAGUCAUAUGUUGUCUCUUUGGCUGCAAAUCCGUCAGGAAAGGGAUUCCUCUCUGGCCAUGCAGAUGGAUCAGUUGUUCGCUUCUUUUUUGAUGAUGAAGGCAGUGGUGACUCACAGGGUAAAAUCUGUUCGCACCCAUGUCCUCCUUACGCCCUGGCCUUUGCUACCAACUCCAUCGUGGCUGCUGGUUGUGACAAGCGGAUCAUUGCAUAUGGACGAGAUGGUCGCAGCAUUCAGCACUUUGACUACUCCAGGGAUGAGGAUGAGCAUGAGUUUACAACUGCUGUCUGCAGCCCUGGGGGACAGUCCGUGGUCAUUGGCAGCUAUGACCGGUUGAGGGUGUUAAACUGGAGCCCAAGGAAGGCUAUGUGGGACGAGACCCCAGCUAAGGAGAUCCCUAACUUGUACACCAUCACAGCCUUGUCAUGGAAGAAGGACGGCUCUAGGCUGACAGCAGGCACAUUAUGUGGAGGGGUGGAACUUUUUGACUGCUGUCUGAAAAGGACCAUCUACAAGAACAAGUUUGAGAUGACCCAUGUGGGCUUAAGUCAGGUUAUUGUAAAGAACAUGUCAUCAGGCACGAGGGUUGUGCUCAAGUCUCAUUAUGGUUAUGAAAUAGAUGAAGUGAGGAUCAUGGGUAAAGACCGUUACCUGGUUGCUCACACAUCCGACACCCUCUUGUUAGGGGACCUCUCCACAAACAGGCUCAGUGAGGUUCCUUGGAGAGGCACAGGUGGCAAUGAAAAGUUCUACUUUGAUAAUGAGAAUGUCUGCAUGAUUUUUAAUGCCGGAGAGUUAGCCCUGAUAGAGUAUGGUUCUAAUGAGGUACUGGGCUGUGUGAGGACAGAGUUCAUGAAUCCCCAUCUUAUCAGUGUACGCCUGAAUGAGAGAAAACAGCGAGGUGUAGAAGACAAUAAGAAAAUGGCAUAUCUUCUGGAUCUGAAAACAAUAAGCAUUGUGGACCUGGUCAGUGGAGUGAAACUCUCUCAGGUGACCCAUGACUCCAAAAUUGAUUGGCUAGAGCUUAAUGAGACUGGUAGGAAACUUCUGUUUCGAGACAAAAAGCUGCGGCUGAAUCUGUAUGAGGUGGAGACGGAGAGCCGAAUGACCAUCCUCAACUACUGCUCCUAUGUUCAGUGGGUGCCUCUAAGUGAUGUGGUUGUAGCUCAGAACAGAGGAAACUUGUGUGUGUGGUACAAUAUAGAUGCCCCGGAGAGAGUCACCAUGUUUCCUAUCAAGGGAGACAUCAUUGAGCUUGAGCGUAAUGAGGGGAAGACAGAGGUGAUUGUACAGGAGGGCGUGGCCACUAUAUCCUACACUCUGGAUGAGGGACUCAUUGAGUUUGGGACUGCUAUAGAUGAUGGAGACCAUGCCAGAGCUGUGGCAUUCUUGGAGACCCUGGAGAUGUCAGCCGAGACAGAGGCCAUGUGGAAAACCCUGAGUAAGCUAGCCAUGGAGGCCAAGCAGUUACACAUCGCAGAGAGGUGUUAUGGCCUGGGGGAUAUACCACGAGCCAGGUAUCUAAGAGAAACACUGAAAAUGGCUGAGGAAGCUUCAAGACAAAUGGGUGGAGAUGGAAUGGGGUAUUAUAAGGUGAGGGCGAGACUGGCCAUUAUGGACAAACACUUCAAGGAGGCAGAAAGCAUCUACCUGGAGCAGAACCACAUUGAUGAGGCCAUGGAGAUGUAUCAAGAAAUGCACAUGUGGGAUGAGGCCAUAGAAGUGGCUGAGGCAAAGUGCCACCCAGAGCUGGACAACUUAAGAAGAACAUACUACCAAUGGCUAACAGAGACAGGUCAGGAGGAAAAGGCAGGAGAGGUUAAGGAGCAGGAAGGAGACUACAUUGCUGCUAUCAACUUGUACAUGAAGGCUGGUCUGCCGGCGAAAGCUGCUCGUCUUGUCACCAGCAGAGAGGAGUUGAUGUCAAACAGUGACCUGAUCAGUAGAAUUGCCUCAGCAUUGAUCAAAGGAGAGCUCUAUGAAAGGGCUGGAGACCUAUAUGAGAAAAUGAGAGAUCAACAGAGGGCCAUGGACUGCUUCAAGAAAGGAAAGGCUUACAGAAGAGCUGUAGAACUCGCUCGCUAUGCCUUCCCCAGUGAAGUGGUGAGGUUAGAGGAGGAGUGGGGAGACUACUUGGUCUCUCAGAAACAACUGGAUACUGCCAUUAAUCAUUACAUUGAGGCUGGAGCUAACCUAAAGGCAGUUGACGCCGCCAUAAACUCUCGCCAGUGGAUGAAAGCAGUUCAGAUUCUGGAGCACCAAGAUUCUGCCAUGGCCGUGCGUUACUACACCAAGAUUGCCAGCCAUUAUGCUUCAGUUGGGGAUUAUGAGACUGCAGAGAAGUUCUAUGUGGAGGCUGGCUGUUCUAAGGAAGCCAUUGAUAUGUACAACAACGCUGGUAAAUGGGAGGAUGCUCACAGGAUUGCCUCAACAUGUAUGAAGGGGGAGGAUGUGGCCAGUCUGUAUAUAUCACAGGCUCACAAACUGGAGGCGGAGGGCAAGUUCAAGGAGGCAGAAAGGUUGUACAUUACUGUAGAAGAGCCUGAUUCGGCAAUCACAAUGUAUAAGAAGCAGAGAAUGUUUGGAGACAUGGUGAGGCUGGUGAAGAUCUAUCACAGAGACCUGCUACAGGACACACACCUCCAUCUGGCCAAGGAGUUGGAGGCUGAUGGUCAGCUGAGGCAGGCAGAGCACUAUUUCCUGGAAGCACAGGACUGGAAGGCUGCUGUCAACAUGUACCGCUCCCAUGAUAUGUGGGAUGAGGCAUACAGGGUGGCCAAAAGUCAAGGUGGUCCUAACGCGGCCAAACAGGUGGCAUACCUAUGGGCCAAGAGUCUUGGGGGUGACUCUGCUGUCAAACUGCUUAAUAAGUUUGGUCUCUUGGAGUCUGCCAUUGAGUAUGCCGCAGAAAACUGUGCUUUUGAGUUUGCAUUUGACUUGGCCCACACUGCCAUGAAGGAGAAGAUGCCAGAGCUGUACCUGAAGCACGCCAUGUACCUGGAGGAUGAGGGCAAGUUUAGGGAGGCUGAGCAGGAGUUUAUUAGGGGCAAGCCCAAGGAGGCUGUCCUCAUGUAUGUCCACAGUCAGGACUGGGACUCUGCACAGAGAGUAGCUGAGGCCCACGACCGAGACUCUGUGGCUGAUGUGCUUGUGGGACAGGCUCGCUUCGCCUUCGAUGAGAAAGACUACACUAAAGCUGAGACUUACCUGCUCAGGGCACAGAGGCCAGAACUGGCUGUCAAGUACUACAGGGAAGUAAACAUGUGGCAGGAUGCAUUGAGGGUGUGUAAGGAGUACCUGCCUAACAAACUGCCCCAGCUACAGGAUGAAUAUGACAGGGAGAUGACAGACAAGACUACCAGGGGUGCUGAAGCCUUGGUUCAGCAGGCGCGAGAGUGGGAGUCAUCAGCAGAAUAUGCCAGAGCCGUGGAGUGUUUUCUCAAGGUCACACCCACUGUCACCUCUGAUAUUAGCGUCCUCGAAAAGUGUUGGGCAAAGGCUGCUGAUUUGGCUCUGAAGUUCCUGGGAAUGGACAAAGCUGUCACUGUGGCUGAGAUUGUCGGACCUAGGCUGAAUGAAAUCCGCAAAUACAACACAGCUGCUGAGAUCUAUUUGAGUGUAGAUUUAGUGAAGGAAGCCAUAGACAUGUUCAUUGCUGCAGAGGAGUGGAACAAAGCCAAGAAGGUGGCCAAAGAAUUGGAGCCCAGGUGAGACGCUUGGGGUAUGAAAAACUAUGUUGACCAGAAGUACAAAGAUUCACUGAAGAAUCAAGGAAAAGCUGAUGCGCUGGCCAGUGUGGAUGUGAUGGGAGCUUUGGAUAUGUACAUGGAGAGAGGACAGUGGGAGAAAUGCUUGGAGACAGCUGAACAGCAGAACCCUCAAGUCCUGGCCAAGUACGUGGCCCUAUACGCUGCUAACCUGAUUAAAGAGGAUAAGGCACAAGCUGCCCUGGAUGUCUAUGUGAAGUAUGGAGCAGCAGCUAAUCCACAGAAUUACAAUAUCUACAAGAGAAUUUUCAGUGACAUUGUCCACCUGAAGGAUUUAAAUAGACCAGAAGCUUACAGGACCUGGGCUGACCUCCGUGACCUCUUCUUUGACCUGUGUGAGAACAUCUCCAGCUCCCCUGAUGCUAACAGUCCACAGCAUGCUGAGUUUGAGAGCAUGUUGCUGAUAGCUCAUUACUACAGCACUCGAUCUGCCUCCAUGACCCACAAAACCUUGGAUGGUGUGGCUACCAAGCUGGCUGUGUCUUUACUACGUCAUACAGACAUCAUUCCUGCAGACAAAGCUUUCUACGAGGCUGGCAUGAUGUGUAAGGCUGUAGGCUGGGAGAACAUGGCUUUUGUUUUCCUGAACCGUUAUCUUGAUGUCACCGAGGCUAUAGAGGAGGGCAGCUUGGACAUGUUAGAUCACAGUGACUUCCAGGACACUGAUAUUCCAUUUGAGAUUCCCCUACCUGAGAAAUCCCACCUAACAUUACCAAUGCAUUACAGCCUGAGAAAAUGGUUCUGUGUGAGGGCCUUUCCUUGCAGUACCAGUCAGUUCAGAGCCAACUGGUAA